AUGGAUCCCUAUGGAUAUGCCAUGGAUCCCUAUGGAUAUGCCAUGGAUCCAUACAGGUAUCCCAUGAAUCCAUACAGAUAUUCCAUGGAUCCCUAUGGAUGUGCCAUGGAUCCCUAUGGAUAUGCCAUGGAUCCAUACAGGUCUCCCAUGGAUCCAUACGGAUAUCCCAUGGAUCCAUACAGAUAUGCCAUGGAUCCCUAUGGAUAUCCCAUGGAUCCAUACAGGUGUGCCAUGGAUCCAUACAGAUAUGCCAUGGAUCCCUAUGGAUAUCCCAUGGAUCCAUACAGGUAUCCCAUGGAUCCAUACAGAUAUCCCAUGGAUCCCUAUGGAUAUCCCAUGGAUCCAUACAGAUAUCCCAUGGAUCCAUACAG